CACUAUUCACCCCUAUACAUCACCAUACACCUCUAUACAAGACUAUACACCCCUAUAUAUCACCAUACACCCCUAUACAUCAACGUACACCCCUAUAUAUCACCAUACACCCCUAUACAUCAACGUAUGCCCCUAUAUAUCACCAUACACCCCUAGACAACACCAUUCACCCCUAUACACCACUAUAAAUCUCUAUACAAGACUCUACACCCCUAUACAUCAGCAUACGAUUCUAUGCAUCAUUAUACACUCAGUUAAAACAUCACACACUGUUAUACAUCACUGUACACCUCUAUACAAGACUCUACACCCCUAUACAUCACCAUACGGCCCUCUAUAUCACCAAACACCCCAGGCCUAACACCCGUAUACAUCACCAUACACCCCUUUACAUCACCAUAUACUCCUUUACAUCACCAUGCCGCCCUAUACAACACCAUACACCCCUAUACAUCAGCACUAUACAGUACUAUACAGUACUAUACAUCCAUGUAUAACACCAUGCAACCCCAUACAUCACCAUACACCUCUAUAGAUCACUAUACACCCCUAUAUAUCACCAUACAUCCAUUUAUAACACUAUGCACCCCUAUCACCAUACUCCUCUAUACAUCACCAUACCCCUUUAGACACCACCAUACACUCCCAUAUAUCACCAUACACCAUCCUAUGUAUAACACACUAUACACUCCUAUACAUCCUCAUACACCCUUAUACAUUACCAUAGAGGUCUAUAGUGGUGUAUAGGGUAUACAUCACCAUACAUGGGGGACCCAAAGACCGUUUUCUCUAAGAUAUCCCUUCGGAGAAGCAAAUAAUGCCUACGAUUUUAUGCGGUUUAAUUUACAGGUACAAAAUUUAUAGCGCUGCUUAGAAUGCAUUUCUAGAGGUUAAAUCAUACUCUGGGUGCCCAAAAAGUGCUUUAAAUGCAUUGAAGAGGAAACCGAUUUUUUGGAUUGUAGAAACCAUAGUCAAGCCAGCAAUCUUGACAAAGUGUGCGAAAGAAGACUGAGUAGUUUUCCAAUUAACAAAAAANUUAAAACAUCACACACUGUUAUACAUCACUGUACACCUCUAUACAAGACUCUACACCCCUAUACAUCACCAUACGGCCCUCUAUAUCACCAAACACCCCAGGCCUAACACCCGUAUACAUCACCAUACACCCCUUUACAUCACCAUAUACUCCUUUACAUCACCAUGCCGCCCUAUACAACACCAUACACCCCUAUACAUCAGCACUAUACAGUACUAUACAGUACUAUACAUCCAUGUAUAACACCAUGCAACCCCAUACAUCACCAUACACCUCUAUAGAUCACUAUACACCCCUAUAUAUCACCAUACAUCCAUUUAUAACACUAUGCACCCCU